ACGUAUUAUUGGUUGUGCUUAAAACGCUCGUGGGCGAAACACGCCUAAGCUGGAUUUGUGUAUUUUGGCAAUACAACAAACAACCGAGCUGAGAAUGCCAACCUGCGGUUGAAGAAAGUUACUCAUGCAUCAGAUGGCCUUGUUGCAGCCGUUCGCAAAGUCUGGGAGCAUCCGGAAGUUCCCCUGAAAAAGUCCCAGAUGCAUGAGGCGUUUUUCUGUGACAGGUGGCAGCUACUAGAAGGCGGCGCAUACGUACAUCGCUGAUGCGCCAUCUAGCACAACGCUUGUUGCAAGCAGUUUGCUCGGACCUUGGAGAUGGAGUGGCAUGUGAAUAAAAAUUGCUGACGCCUCCAUAGUUUGAAAUAGCUCACCAGGUAAACCGCCUCACCAUCAAGUGCUCCUUGGGCACAUGUACCUGUCUAUUUUAUGAAACUAUGUGGCUGCGGUGUGUGCAUUUAAUGACGGCAUACAAGCAGCGCGCGACCAGACAAGCCAAAUGCAUAUUUGCAUUCGCUGGCUGGCGGACUACAACCUACACACAGAGUCCAUGCAGUUGCGAACGUUAAAACUUCUGUUACGAAACCAACCACAUCUAAAAGCGCGCAUUUUGUACCUCUGUACAGCUGUACCUCUGUACAUCUGUGCAGCUGAAGAGGUUAAUCUAUCCGAAUUUUCGGAACUGUAUCAAGCGCUUCUGCGAAGGACAAACCAAAUUUAGGUUGCACAUGCAGAAAGCCUUUCGUCGUUGACGCAGUUCGCUGUGCAC